AUGGUGUUAGAUCCGUCCAGAUAUCAGGACACAAGAACAUGGAAGAUGACUCCCGCUAUGAUCAGGGCUCGUCAGCCUUUUUUUAGACGUAACAUGAUCGGUCUGGGGCUUCUACUAGGUGUCACAGGUGGUGUGUACUUCUACACUUACAACUUUUUGCAUAGGGAUAACGAUUUUGCAGAUGUGCCUGUUCCACCUAUCAGUGAAGAGGAGCUUGCGCAAUUGAAGAAGGAGUACGAAGUUCUCAAAGCCAACAAAGAAAAGUAA